GGCUUGGCGGAAGGCUGGGGGUCCGUUUCAUCGCUAUGGCAACCGCUGUCCAGUAACCCAACCAUUCUCCUCGUCUUCUCUUCGGACGCGGCGUUCGUCAUGGCAGAGCUGGGUCUCAACGAACACCACCAAAAUGAAGUGAUCAACUACAUGCGAUUUGCUCGCUCCAAGCGUGGCCUGCGUCUCAAAACAGUGGACUCCUGUUUUCAGGACCUUAAGGACAGCAGGCUUGUGGAAGAGACCUUCACAAUAGAUGAAGUGUCAGAUAUGCUGGAUGGCUUACAGACUGUAGUACACAGUGAAGUUGAGUCAGAACUUAUAAACACAGCAUACACGAAUGUAUUACUCCUGCGUCAGAUCUUUUCCCAAGCUGAGAAGUGGUAUCUUAAACUGCAGACUGACAUUUCUGAGCUGGAAAAUAGGAACUUAUUAGAGCAAGUUGCAGAGUUUGAAAAGGCAGAAUUUGUAUCUUCAAAUAAAAAGCCUAAUCCUGAACAAGUUAAACCUAAACUUACUCCACUGCAUGAAGGAGCAUCAGAAUUGCUACAGAAGGAAAUUGCAAGACUUCAAGAAGAAAAUGAAAAACUGAAGACUAGAUUAAAAACUAUAGAAGUGCAGGCGACAAGUGCACUGGAUGAAAAAUCAAAGUUAGAGAAGGCUCUGCGAGAUCUACAGAUAAUUCAAGGAGAUCAAAAGUUUGAUGCAACUCAGGAUGUUAGUGAUCUAGAAAAUACAGUGGCUGCUCUGAAGUGCCAGUUUGAAAAAACUUUAAAUGACAGUUCUGCAAACCAAAAGUCCUUGGAAGAGAAUCUCGUGACUGCAACACAUGAACUUCUUAAGGUUCAGGACCAACUAGCUAUGGCUGAAAAGGAAUUGGAAAAGAAGUUCCAACAAACAGCUGCCUACCGCAACAUGAAGGAGAUUCUCACAAAGAAGAAUGAACAGAUAAAGGAGUUGCGCAAGAAGCUUUCAAAAUAUGAACCAGAUGACUAAGACCUGAAGAGCAUUCAGUCUUAUAAAGAAGCUGCCACAAAAGGAAUUUGAAAACAGGGAAUUUGUUUUUCCAUAUCUUGCAAGUUUAUGCUUUCCAAUUAGUUUUAAAACUAACAGGAAAUUAUCUUUUAUUGUUAGGAAGCAGUUACGGAGAAUUUAAAGAAAGACAUUCUGGUUUUAUGUCUUUUUGAAUAGUUACUUUGUGUGUUGCCCCAAAAUUUGCAAGAAGAAAGUCUGGCUUUUAUUGUAAAGUAGAGAGGUUUAUUUUUUUAAGUGAAUUAUUAAAUGCUAGUUCUUUUCAUACAGGCACAAGGAGUUCAUUCUCUGAAGUUUAAACAUGGCUUUUAUUUUUUUACGGUUGUAGUAGCAGCAGCAGAAAAAUUGCCAAGCUGAUUCUGUACUGUAGUGUGUUCAUUAAUUCUUGUUAUAUAGUAUACAAAUUAUUGGCUCAGUAGUUUUCAGUAGAAGAUUUUGCUUUCUGUAAGAAGUAGAAAAUGGUUUACUGGUUAACUAACAUUGGUACUCAAAACUUGUGUCUUACAUUUCCAACUGAAUUUGUUCUGUCAAGAGAGAGGGUUUUUUUUAAAAUAGUUAUAAUACAGUUGCAAAGCAUGGACCCCAUGCUGCACAUCUUUAAUUCAUUUCACCUAGCAUCUUGCACAGAAAUGCCUGUCAGGCCACAGAAAAAGGAACCGAAUAUGUGCAGCAGCUAUUUUAGCUCGAUUCCUCCCAUAUAUUCCAGCAAUAUAUAACAGCAUUCUAAAAGGAAGUAGAAUUUUGUGGUUUGUUCCAGAUUUACUAAGUGGGCAGCACUCUAUAAGAAGCCAACUUUUCUGCAGAAUUUAUAGAACUUUGAGGCAGGGGUAGUGAUACCUUUACUUCCCUAAGGCAUUCUCAGUAUUCAUUUCUUUAUUCCAGCCUCCUUGGUUUUGUAAGCCUGUGUUAUGUAUGUUUUGUCUUUAUUGUAUGUUGGUAUAUAUGUUAUAAAUUUCUUAACUAAGCCAUUUAUUGAAAA